CCUGAGAGACGCACGGAGCCAGAGGCACAGUGAGGACGCACAGAGGAGCUGACGGAGCGUUAAUGAGACACUGGGCCAGACUCACAGGGAUGCAGUUUGUAGUCACACUCCACCACUGUUCUCAGGUCUGAUCUGUGGAACUCCAGAGCGUGGACACUGGGACCGUUCCCCCUCCCUCUAAUUUUGUUUGUUUUACAAAGCAAACUUUUAGUGGAUUAAUUUAUUCGCAGAAAUGGGAUUGGAACGGUUUUGCGCAAAGACGCCGAGGAUGGCGGCGCGUCUCUCCCGCUCGCUGCUGUGUAUCGUCGGGCUCUCGCUCACCCUCUCCGCCUGCGACGCGUUUAACUUGGACGUGGAGAAUCCAGCUGUUUACAGCGGAGCUCCGGGGAGCUACUUCGGAUACGCCGUGGACUUUUAUUUGGCCAAUUCCUCCAGUGCAAGCGUGGUGAUAGGAGCUCCCAAGGCCAGCACGAGGCAGGUCAAUGUGACAGAAGGAGGAUCUGUGUUCUACUGUCCGUGGAACCACAACCAAACGGAUUGUCACACCAUCGACUUCGACACGAAAGGGGAUCGCACUAUUUCAAUCCAGGACUCAGAGCAACAGGUUGAUUUCAAGUCCCACCAAUGGUUCGGCGCCACCGUGCGCUCCCACGGUGACACAAUCCUGGCCUGUGCCCCUCUCUAUUCUUGGCGGACUGAAAAAGACACCCCCCAAUCUGACGCUACAGGAACCUGCUACCUCUCCGUCCACAAUUUCACCAAAUUCGUGGAGUAUGCUCCGUGUCGCACAGAGAUCAGUGAAGCUGGGGGACAAGGGUACUGCCAGGGAGGAUUCAGUGCCGACUUCACAAAGGAUGGCAAAGUGGUGUUGGGGGGGCCGGGCAGCUACUUCUGGCAAGGUCAGGUGAUUUCUGCAGCCAAGGAGGACAUUAUCAAAGCUUACUACCCAGGUUACUUCAUGCAGUCUGUGGAGGGUCAGAUCCAGACCAAACAGGUCCACUCCGAACAUGACGACAGCUACCAGGGCUACUCUGUUGCUGUUGGGGAAUUCAGUGGUGAUCAAGUGGAAGAUUUUGUGGCCGGUGUUCCAAAAGGACUCAUGCUUUAUGGUUCGGUGUGUAUUCUGAAUGGUACAGAUCUGAAGGCCAUGAUUAACUACACUGGCGAGCAGAUGGGGUCAUAUUUCGGCUACGCAGUGGCAACGACUGACAUCAACAGCGACGGGAUGACUGACCUACUGGUGGGAGCUCCCAUGUUCAUGGUGCGGGGCUCUGACGGCCGCCUGGAGGAGAUGGGCCGGGUCUAUGUCUACCUGCAGCGUGGGCCCCUGAGCCUGGAGCUGCAGCUGCCGCACAUCACCGGCACAGAGGCGUUUGGGAGAUUCGGCAGCACCAUUGCACCACUAGGAGACCUGAACCAGGAUGGUUUCAAUGACGUGGCCAUUAGCUGUCCGUUUGGAGGGGACGACCGGCGGGGACUGGUCUACAUCUUUAACGGAUACUCAGAAGGACUCAGGGAUAAGCCAUCUCAGGUGAUCGUCGGCCAGUGGGCUGCUGGAAUGAUUCCCGCCAGCUUUGGGUUCGCUCUCAGAGGCGCUAAGGACCUGGACAUGAAUGGAUACCCUGAUCUCAUCGUUGGAGCUUUUGGUGUCGAUAAAGCAGUUCUCUAUAGAUCUCGGCCCAUAGUGAACACCAGUGCCUCUCUGACCAUCUACCCCACCAUGAUCAACCCAGAGGAGAAGAACUGCAUUGUCACCAGCGGAAACACCAGCGUCCCUGUUUCCUGCGUCAACCUGAGUUUCUGCAUAUCUGCUGAUGGGAAGCACCUACCAGACGUUUUAGAUUUCCAGGUGGAGGUGCAGCUCGACAGUCACAAGCACAAGCAGAAAGGUGGCGUGAAGAGGGCUCUGUUCUUGGACUCCCAGCUGCCCGUGCUCCAGAGAAGUGUGAGGGUUCGCCACGGAGAGCGUGUCUGCAACCACACAAAGAUCUACCUAAUGGAAGAGAAGGACUUCAGGGAUAAGCUCUCCUCCAUCUAUGUGGCCUUGAACUUCAGCUUGGAUCCCAGCGCUGCAGCCGACUCCCGGGGCCUGCGUCCCAUCCUCAACUAUCAGACCACACACGUCAUCGAGCAGAAGGCUCAGAUUCUGUUGGACUGCGGAGAGGACAAUAUCUGUGUUCCUGACUUGAAGCUGUCAGUUCAAGGGGACAGGAAGGAAGUCUACCUGGGUGACGACAACUCGCUGACCUUGACCUUUAACGCCCGGAACGAGGGCGAGGGAGGCGCGUACGAAGCCGAGCUGUACGUGGUGCUGCCUCCUGAAGCUGACUACAGCGGAAUCGCUCGCAAUAAUGAGAGCCUGACGCAGCUCACCUGCAGCUACCUGACCGAGAACCAGACUCGAUACCUCAGCUGCGAUUUGGGAAACCCGAUGAAGUCUGCUACCAGCCUGUGGGCGGGUCUGCGCUUCACGGUGCCGCGGCUGAAGGACACGCACAAGAACGUUCAGUUUGAGCUGCAGAUCCGCAGUAAAAAUGAGAAUAAUUCCCACAGUGAGGUUGUACCCUACAAGCUGGAGGUGGUCGUCCAAGCUGAGGUCCUCCUGCAGGGGGUGUCUCGACCAGAUAAGGUCUUCUUCCCGCCGGCCAACUGGAAGGUGACCAAAAACUACGGGGCGGAGCAGGACGUGGGGCCCGCGAUGGAACAUAUCUAUGAGCUGGUGAACAACGGGCCCAGUCGGAUCAGCCACACCCUUCUGGAGCUGCGCUGCCCCCUCAGUGUCCAGGGCCACAACCUCCUCUACCCUCUGGAGUUCUCCACAGAAGGAAACAUCAACUGCACCGCCGACAAGAACAUGAACCACCUACACCUCAAACUCCAGCGCACAUCCACAGAAACUCCGAUCCUGGCUCUAAAGGCCCCGGAGCACCGCGUGGAGAGGAGGGACGUCCACAGGAACCAGCUCGCUCAUCUGACCAACCUGUCGUGCUCUAAUGUGGAGUGCUGGUCGCUCCAGUGCAAAGUUGGACUUCUGGAGAAAGGGACCACUGCCAUCGUCAAAGUGCGAUCCCGCGUCUGGGCCGAGACCUUCAUGGAGAGGCCUUAUAAGCAGUAUGUGCUGGAGUGCCUGGCCAGGUACAGUGUGGAGAAGAUGCCCUACGCCAUCCUCCCCAAACAUGCACCCAGCGGACACAAGAAGGUGGUGACCCCCAUCGUGUGGAACAAGCCAGACAUCGAGAACUCAGUUCCUCUGUGGAUCAUCAUCUUGGCCAUUCUGGCUGGUUUGCUGCUUCUGGCGUUACUCAUCUAUGUUCUUUACAAGUUUGGCUUCUUUAAGCGAUCUCUUCCUUACGGAACCGCCAUGGAGAAAGCACAGCUGAAACCGCAGGCCGCCUCCGAGGCCUAGAAGACUCCCCAGACUCAGCAGAACCACAGAACCUGGCCGUGUGAUUGCAACAGACAGACACAAUGGAACGUGUAGAGUGGAUCAGGAAGCAGACCACUGGAGCUCCACUGUGCUGCGCUAGAAAAAAAGACAAAAAACGAAAUCCAAAGAUCUUCAAACCAAAUGAAUGUUUUUUUUAAUUUAUGUUCGAUGGCAGGUUGGGAUUGUUACCAAAUAGGACUUGUCCUCAGUUCCUCGAGGCGAACAUGAGAACGUCAGCCUGCAGAUGCAAUGAGAUAGUUUCCUUUUGUGGACUCUUGUGACAGAGAGUUCAGUGAUUCCUGUUAAACUGCUUUAUUUUGGUGCUAAGGAUGUGAUGUGUUCACUGCCUCUGAAAGGAAAUGUCCUUGUGUAGCUUGUGGCAGCCAGGAGCUGUGAAUGACUCCGCCUGCUGAGGCCUGACAGGAUUCUUCUGAUUCGUCCAGAACAUAAACACAUUCUUCUUUAUUGGCAGAUGAUCACGAAAAUAGGAUUCAGGCAAAUGCAAUACUUCAAACCCAAAUGUCGAAAGAGCUAAUCUGUCCGAUAGCUUUGUUGAAAGAUUCUUUUUUAGAUAAUAUAAAUCCUGAUCUGUCUGAGAUGUUCCGCUGGUUCCAUGGCCGGGUAUGCUCCAGCAGCUCGCAGCCCGGAACUGGGAAAGCAGGUAUUGAAAAUGGAUGAAAUGAUCUCUCUCUGCCUCAGGAUGGUGGACAGCGCUGGGUUGAGUUGUUUUUUAUUUGCACUCAAAGGAAAUCUACUGAUAUAUUUCCAGAAAAACACACCAGAGACUCACUGAUUGACCUUCCUUUGAGUUCUGACUCCUACUGAUCACUUUGUAUGAAGCCUGUUUGUCGUCGCUCAGAGUUUCCAGUGCUGGUCCUCGUUGUCGUGUAGUCCACUGGGAUGGGACUGGAACCCCCCCGGACCUGUGGCACCUCGCGUUAGGCUUGAAGCAGUUCGGUGCUUCUGGCAAAAACUAUUUGCCAAAGAAUACAUUUUUCUUUGCUGCCUUCACUCCUGCUCGGUUUGGGUUAAGCUCAUACAGCGUGUGUGUGUGUGGGGGGGAGUCGUAAACGAUGACUUGGUCCAAAGACGUGACAAUCAGCAGCGUUGUAGCCUCGACAGAUCACAGCAGGAUCGUCGCUCUGUGCGUGUGUGUUUGUGUGUGUGCGACUGUGAGUUACUGUAUUUGUGAUUUGUCUCUUUGAGUAACAGCUGCCCCCUGGUGGUUAGGAAGAGAAGCGGCUCGAGUCUCCCCACAAACCAACCGAUUACAGGGACUGAACAUUUCAAUGCUUCGUAUCGGUGUCUUGUAUUUGUCCUGUACAUAGAUGUUACGUGCCUUAAAUGUAAAUACUAAGUGUCUGUGGGUGAGAGUUAGCAUUUGCGUUGCAUUUGUGUGAAUGGUGUAUUUAUGAAUGUUUGUUUCCUGUGUGAGUCGGUUAAACCUUUCCCACUGCCUGGGCCUGUUUAUCCCUGCCGCCAUUUCAGCUUGAGUUUAUUCAGGUUAAUCAUAUUGAACAGUGAUAAUUACACCAACAUCCAGGAGAAUGACUUUUGAUCAAAUAAAUGAAAGUCAAACCUUUUGAAUUUUAAUCAUUUAUAACCUCACAGUAAAUAUAUAAAUCACAAUAAGGCUGCCGUCCAGAUGUUAGCAUCCUCUUCUGGAUGUGUUGCUCCUCUCACAAAGGGAUAACAGCUCGGCACUGGGAACUCUCUGUUGUCUGGAAGUGCAAUAUUUAUAUUCACUCUGUUUUUUUUAUUUUUAAUAUUACAGUGCUAUCUUUUGUUGUAUGUUCUUGUUGUGAACUGACUUGUGCAAAACCAGAACGUUGUGUGUUCAAACAUGUGAUAGGCACAUCGAGUGUUCUGGCUUUUCACUUUCACUUGCUUUUCUCACUACAAUUUUAUUUUUUUGGACUUGAGAUGUAUUCACCACUUGUUGGACCACUUUCCAGAUUUUCUUUUUUUGAGAACCACCUCCAGGACAUAUCUGAGUUGAACUUGGACAUGUGUGACACACUUUGGUAAUUUAUGUGCUCUGCUGUUGCACCUGUCCAAACACCCCCCAUUAUUACAACCAUGUGUUUUACAUUUUGUUUGCCUCAUUACACUUUUAUCAACUGGGCCAUGAAAUCCCCAUUUGAUAAUUGAUUUAAAUCCUUUAACACCGUCUACGUGAGAUUUUCUUUUCUGAACAGGUCGACUCAUUAUUUAUAAUGACAUGGGAUCAUUUCCCCACGUCCUCCACGGUGACAUCAGGAGAAGGCACUGUGUGUGUUUUUUUAUUUUUAUUUUACUUUCUGUUUUUCAAUUUUCUCUCUCCGGGACUUUCAAAAAAAGAAGCUGUACAUAUUUAAGAUGAGGAGAGUAAUGAAUUCAAUUGAUAACUGAUUUGUUGUGAAUUUUUCUCACCCCAUAUUGGGGGGAACAUUUCUGUCGGGUGGGGAGGACGGGGACGGGGGGGUAUUUGAAGAUCAAUUUUUACCUGUUACAGUUUGUA